CGGGGGCGUUCGGUCCUGUAUCCCGUCAGCAAGAAGACAGACAGAUCAGAUGAUCAGAGCAGUGCACAUGCUUUCUAUCAGCUACUACUUUAACUAACUUACACUUAGCUAAGAUGGCGGAUUCCGACGACUGGGACGCUGAUAACUUCGAUCCGAGCGAGCCGAUCAGGGCUGCCGCCGGGAGGCUGGAUAGAUGGGAAGGCGAGGACGAGGAGGAAGACGUGAAGGAUAACUGGGAUGAUGAGGAGGAAGAGAAAAAGGAAGAAGAGAAGAAAGUUGAACAGAAAAAAACGGAGGUGAAACCCCCUGAGAAGAAAAAAAUAACUGAUAAAAUAAAAGAAAAAGAAAAUUUGCAAAAGAAAAAACAAGACGAGUUGAGAAAGAAGAUGGACAAAACAGCAAAAAGUAAGACUCUAUCACCAGAGGAGCAGCAUGCAGAGAAGCUUCGACUGAUAAAACUGCAGGAGGAGGCAGACAUGGAAUUGGCCCGUGAGUCGUUUGGUGUUGAUCCUGCAGCUGCAAACGCCUCUACUACUAUUAUCACAACAAACAAUGCAUCUGGAAUUGAAGCCAUGUGCCCUUCAUCCAAAGAUGACUUUGUUGCAUUUGAAAAAUUACUGAAAGAUAAGAUAACACAGUUUGAAAAAUCAGUGCAUUAUUCCAGCUUUUUGGAGUCACUGUUUCGAGAGCUUUGUAUUUCAUUGGAAGUAGAUGACCUGAAAAAAAUAAGUAAUUCUUUAUCUGUUCUGCUCAGUGAAAAACAAAGGCAAGAAAAGGAAAAGAAGGCAAAUAAGAAAAAGAAGAAAGGUGUACUGCCUGGUGGUGGAUUGAAAGCAAACAUUAAAGAUGACUUUGGUGAUUAUGGUGGUUUUGACGACGGCUAUGGCAAUGAUUAUGAUGACUUCAUGUGACGAAGGUUGAUCGUCCCCCUUCCCAUUCCCUCUCUUCCCAGAUGCCCUUGCAGACAUGCAACAUUCACAUUUAAUGCUUC